CAGAAAGUCAAUCUCUUGAGAGUUCUGGUAGUGCAUAUACGCUAGAUUUUUCUAAAGAUGGCGCCCUCAAUAUGUGCUAUUUGUGAGACCAACAGGGCACUAAUAAUUCGGCCAAAGAACCACCAAAAAUUAUGUAAAGUCUGUUUUAUCCAAAUUUUCGAAGACGAAAUCCACCACACCAUCACAACUACGAACCUCUUCACCCCAGGAGAUAGAAUCGCUAUAGGCGCCUCUGGAGGCAAAGAUUCUACAGUCCUCGCGUCUGUCCUAAAAACCCUCAACGAAAGACACAACUAUGGCCUUGACCUGGUCCUCCUCUCUAUCGACGAAGGAAUCAAAGGCUACCGCGACGACUCCCUCGAGACCGUCAAGCGCAACGCUGAGCAAUACGAGAUGCCACUGAAGAUAGUCGGCUACGAUGAGCUAUAUGGCUGGACCAUGGACCAGGUUGUAGCCACCAUCGGCAAGAAGGGGAACUGCACAUACUGCGGAGUCUUCCGGCGGCAGGCCCUCGACCGCGGGGCAAACAUGUUAGGCAUAAACCACGUCGUAACCGGCCACAAUGCCGACGACGUCGCCGAGACCAUCCUGAUGAACCUCCUCCGAGGCGACCUACCGCGGCUGGCCCGCAGCACGAGCAUCAUAACCGGGGACGCCACAUCCUCCGUCCGCCGUAGCAAACCGCUCAAAUACGCAUAUGAGAAGGAAAUCGUGCUCUAUGCGCACCACAAGAAAUUAGAUUACUUCAGCACAGAGUGCAUCUACAGCCCCGAGGCCUUCCGCGGCUCAGCACGAACCCUUAUCAAAGCGCUCGAGCGCGUCCGGCCAUCCGCCAUCCUUGACGUCGUCCGCAGCGGCGAGGAUAUGGCGAAGCUGGUCCCUGCUGAGGUGACUGGGGGCCCCAAGUGCGCUGGUCGCAAAGCCGAGGUUCUGGCUGCGGAUCGAGAGGAAGAAGGUGCGGGUGGCUGCGGUAGUGGCAACGGGAGGAGUAGUGGCUCCGAGAUGGCGGAUAUGGAGAAGCAGCUGAGGGAUAAUGAAGGCGCAGGAGAGAGAGAGGUGGAGAUCACAAGUGCGCAGGUGCCGAGGCGGCGGGAUACGAAUAGUAGUAUGGCGAGCUCGCGGCCGGGGAAUCUGAGGAAGGAGGUUAUGGGGAGGAAGUUGCCUAGGCAGACGCUGGGGACGUGUCAGAGGUGCGGGUAUAUGUCUAGUCAGGCAAUAUGUAAGGCGUGUACGCUGCUAGAGGGGUUAAAUAAGAAUAGGCCGCAGGUGGAAAUUGAGGUUGAUGCGGAGGAUGAGGAUGAUAGCUCCACGCUGAGGAGGAAAAUGGAGGGGAUAGCGUUGACGGCAGGAUAGAUAAUGGAUCUUGACGAUUAAUCUGAAAAUUAUACCCAAUGCCUCAACAGGAACAACAGGACUUCAUGAUUCUAUAUAG